AUGGAAACAACCAACAACAGCUUUCAACGGGAAUUUCUUCUCUUGGGAUUUUCAGAUCAACCUCAGCUUGAAAGGAUCCUCUUUGUCAUAAUUUUGACUUUCUAUGUCUUGAAUCUUCUGGGAAACAGUGCUAUCAUAUUAGUGUCCUACUUGGAUCCCAAACUCCACACUCCCAUGUACUUUUUUCUCAGCAAUCUCUCCUGUGUGGACAUUUGCUUCACUACCAGUGUUGCACCACAGUUGCUGGUUACCAUGAAUAAGAAAGACAAGUCUAUGAGCUAUGGUGGAUGUGUGGCUCAGCUUUACGUGGCCAUGGGCUUGGGUUCCUCUGAAUGUAUUCUCCUGGCAGUCAUGGCUUAUGACCGCUAUGCUGCUGUCUGUAGACCACUACAUUACACAACCAUUAUGCAUCCUCAGCUUUGUGCAUCCCUGGCCGGCAUAGCAUGGUUCAGUGGCCUUGUUACCUCCUUAAUUCAGUGUUCCCUUACUGUUCAGCUACCUCUGUGUGGUCAUCGCAAAUUGGAUCACAUUUUCUGCGAAGUACCAGUGCUGAUUAAACUAGCCUGUGUGGACACCACUUUCAAUGAGGCUGAGCUCUUUGUGGCCAGUGUGGUCUUUCUAAUUGUACCUGUGUCACUCAUCCUAGUAUCCUAUGGUUUUAUAACCCAAGCUGUGCUGAGGAUCAAAUCAGCUGCAGGUCGCAGGAAAGCCUUUGGGACUUGUUCUUCUCACCUGGUUGUGGUCAUCAUUUUCUAUGGGACAAUAAUCUUUAUGUACCUUCAGCCAGCAAAAAGUAGCUCCAAAAAUCAGGGAAAGUUUGUCUCCCUUUUCUACACCAUAGUCACCCCACUUUUAAAUCCUAUUAUCUAUACCCUGAGAAACAAAGAUGUGAAAGGGGCCUUGAAGACACUGGUAAUGGGUAAUGCUUUGGGGUCAGAAAAGUUAUAA